GACGAGUGUGCCACCAAUCCCUGUGAUGCAAAUGCCUUCUGCUUGAACACCAAAGGCUCAUAUGAGUGCACUUGUCUUCCUGGAUUUGAAGGUGAUGGAGAAACAUGCACAGAUGUUGAUGAAUGUUUGGCCGAUCGCAGUCCUUGUGAUGAAAAUGCUACAUGCAUCAACACAAACGGCUCCUACACUUGCACCUGCAAGGAAGGAUACACAGGAAACGGAACAUAUUGUCAAGAUAUCGAUGAGUGUUCGACAGAAUCAAGUCCUUGCGACGAAAACGCUGAUUGUGCCAAUAGUGAGGGUUCCUAUAGCUGUACUUGUAAACAAGGAUUCACUGGAGAUGGAUCAGGUUGUAAAGAUAUCGAUGAAUGUGCAGCUGAAACCAAUCCCUGUGACGAGAAUGCUAUUUGUACCAACAACAACGGUUCUCACAGCUGUAUUUGUGAGCAGGGUUUUACAGGAGAUGGGGCAAGUUGCGAAG